AUGUGGAUGGAUCUUGAGAAUGAUGUUAAUAGCACAUACAAUUCAAAACUUAUUCCGUGGUUUCAACAAAUCGUUCAGCAACGCGAUGAGAUCCCUGCAGAAUGUUGUCCGCUGAUGAUUCCCUGCAUACAGCCGCUCUUGGAUUUGCUCUCAAACGCACCUUCAUCAGCAUUUCUUAAUAUGACUUCGUUGAGUGCCCAAAUCGAGAGUUUGUGGAAGUGGCUUGAAAUGGGUCGAGAAUGGUGCAUUCAUUCAGAUCGAUUUCAACGAGCAACAGCCAUUCAACAAUACGCCUCAUCAGUGACAAAUGCUGAUAAUUUUCUGAGUACGGAAUUUGCACUGAGAUUUUUGUUCGGUGCCAAAGGAUGUGCAGCAGACACAAAAAUCAGAUACCAAAAACUAGCUGCACUCGUUGAUGUCCUCGCUGAAAAAGCGCAACUUUCUCAGUGA